AUAUUCCGAAGUUUAAACAUACUGGAGUCCACAUAAAAUAAAUAACUAAAUAGAAGAUCGUGCUAUUUAUAAUUAAAAUCACCUAUAUGAGGGAAAAAACGAAGAGCGAAGAUCUGAAUAGGCCUAUACAGACGUUAAUCUGUAUAAUUCAGUUUGUUUUGGAUAGUGGAAAAGUAGAGUUACAAAGAAAAAGCCUGCUCUCUUUUUGGUGGUGGUCAGAUGCUCUGUAAUAUUAUUUUAGUAACAAAGCAGCUUUAUUUUUGUAAGUCUGUUAGAAAAAACUAGUAUCGCUGUGAUAUUAAAUCAGUAGUUUAGAGACUCGGUGCAGUGGGUCCGGUUCCUAUCGCACAGACCAGCAAACACGGAUCCUUGUCAUCCUGCUUUAAAGAAAGGAUGAAGCGGGAGGACCUCGCACGCUGCCUGUCCGGGAGCUGCCCGGCCGUACGUUUGUAAAACCACGGCCGGGCCUUCACUUGCAGCCCGGGCCGUGUCCCCUGGGGCCGCGUCCCGCACCGCCCCGGCUGCCGGGCCGCAGACCGACAUGUCGCGGCGGGACUGCCGCUCGCCCUUCUGCCCACCCCCGUCUCCCCCAGCGCCUCUCGCCGCUCUCUCCCCGGCUCCCCUUCGAGCUCCUCCUCCUUCUCCUCCUUCCCCUCCCCGGGCUCCUCCGGCGGCUCCGGGCCGAGCCGCGCCUGCCCCCGCCCCUGCCGGCAGCCGGGGCCGCCCUCCCGCGGCUGCGAGCUCCGGCACAAGAUGGCGGCGGCCGCUCGCUGGGCCCUGCUGGGCCUGGCGCUGUGGCUCUGCGCGGCCGCCCGGGCCGGCGAGCCGGAGGGGAAGCGUCGGGCCGGGCCGGCCAAGAAGAAGGAUAUUCGGGACUACAACGACGCGGACAUGGCCCGGCUGCUGGAGCAGUGGGAGAAAGAUGAUGACAUCGAAGAGGGUGAUCUUCCCGAACACAAGAGGCCUCCAGCACCAAUAGAUUUCUCAAAAAUUGAUCCAGGCAAGCCUGAAAGUAUCCUGAAACUGACGAAAAAGGGGAAGACUCUGAUGAUGUUUGUCACCGUGUCAGGAAAUCCCACAGAAAAGGAGACAGAAGAAAUUACCAGCUUGUGGCAGGGCAGUCUCUUCAAUGCAAACUAUGAUGUACAAAGGUUUAUUGUUGGCUCAAAUCGUGCAAUCUUUAUGCUGCGUGACGGUGGUUAUGCCUGGGAGAUCAAAGACUUUCUGAUAAGUCAAGAAAGGUGUGCGGAUGUUACUCUGGAAGGCCAGGUUUAUCCUGGCAAAGGAGCAGAUGAAAGUGAGAAAGGAAAAAACAAAACAAAACCUGAAAAAGCAAAGAAGAAAAAAGAUGCAGACAAGAAAUCUAAAAGCAGCAAAGAGGACAACCGAGCAACCAAGCAGAGAGAUGAUCUAUGACGGUCGCAUUAACCAGACUGAAUACUGCUCUGCUGUUCCUUGAAGGGAAACUGAAGUUUCUGUACAAUUUCUGGCUUUACUGGGGGGAAGGAAGGAAGCAGACAUUACUGAGGUUGAAAGACUUGUAUGUUGAAAUACACCAGUUUACUUAUUAAUGUUGGCCAUUUGUUUAGUUACAGGAAAGGUAAUGUUUAAUACCAGCGACUGACUAGUUUGUAAUUCUUCAUGCUUUUGUUGUUCAAAGUUAACAUGAAAAUCUCUGUGUCUGACAUUACAAACUUAAGUGGAAGGGAAGAAAUACAGUCUCGGAAUACACCUGUGUUUACCUGUAGUAGCUGCUGUGUGUCAUGGGUAUGCAAAUUGGUCAUUCAUUCAUUGUUGCUCUUAGGUAGCAGAGUUCAUUUCUAAAAGAUUCUUUAGGAAGCCAGUUUGCCAGACUAAGUUUGCAAAACUGGCUGAAAUUGCAAAGAACAGUGUUACAGUGGCCAAAGGUGCCUGAAAUUACAGGGUUUAGGACAUGUCUGACUAGACUGUCUUUUUUUUAAAAUAAACAAAAACUCUUCUGUCCAUACCAAAAAUCCACAGAAGCGCUUAGAAGCAUUAUAGAAGGUAGGCAGAUGCUCAACAAAUGCACUCCAAAUCAGUACAGAAAAGAGAUUCCAUACCUAUCAGAAUUGAUGCUGUUGAGGUUAAUGGAAUUACAACGCCAACAGGAACGGUGUCAGGGUGAAAGGAAAAGUCAGAUUCAUGGCAUUCAAGUUGCUACUGCUGCCAAAGAACUGUGACCGCCAAUGCAAAUGCUAUGUAUGCCCCAUUAUCUUGACAGUGAGUGAGAAGAUACAACUUUAACUCAAAUUAAUUUGUUUUGCUAAGAGUUUGCUUAAAUCUUUAAAAAAAAACACUAGUUACAAUAGAGAGGUACACUUGAAGUAGACGUAUCGCUUAAUGAUGCUUAAUAACCAGAUUAUGGUGAUUUUUUUUUUAAUUUUUUUUGGUAGAUUCCUGAGGGACAUUGUUGACUGUAAAUGAAUAUUGAUUUAAGUACUAUGAAGAUUGAUAUUUGGGAGCAAGUCAGAUUUUUCCUUGAAAGACUUUAUGUAAUUAGGAAGGUUUAUUCAGUUGAAUGCAUGGAAGGUGUAUUCAGUUGAAUGCAUGGCUUAGAGUUGCAUUUCCUUUAUCCCUUACUAAGGACUAAAUGCACCGAGUUUUUUUGUCCACAUUGUUUAUCGUUUUCCAGAGGAUUAGCACAGUAUUAAUUGUCUUCAUUCAAUAGUACUAAGAUAAUGUUGCUUUGACUUUUUUUCAAGGUGCUAAUAUCCAAGUGUUUUGGAUGAAAGGUCCUAAUUGAACCAUAAUGGUUGAUUUUGUGGAAUACUUCAAUAUCAAAAGUGGGAAACUGUGACUUAUUGAGUGCUUGUUCCGAAAUAAAUUAUGUGGCUAAACCUACUGUUUCACUGAGUAGUAAAACCUUUUAAAUAGUAAUACAUUUAGAUAGAUAUCUGGGGAGAAACUAGCCUGUCUUUGGUUUCUGUAAUUACUUGUAAGGACUGAAUGAUGUUGGUGGAAGUUCCAGGUGAUCAUUUUUAUUUACUUUCAAUGGCAUUUGUAUUGAGUAUUAAAUAAACCUUUCCUACCACA